AUGAAUGAUGUGACUAAAACAACGAAGAGAAUUUUAGUUCCUGAGAUUAAACGGCGAAUGAGCAGUAUUAGUGAAAAGCCAUCCGAUACCCCACAGGGCGAACAAUUCUUUCUCGAUACAAUGAUAUAUUUUGCGAUCAAAAAGGGCCUGUUGACCGAGAGGAGUACGGAAAGUGAAAUGAACAAUUUGGCAAAUACACUAGCCGAUCACGUUCUUGUACUAGCCUUAGAGAUCACGCUCCCUGUGAAUCUAACGGCGAGCAAUCUACUUUAUCAGCUCUUAGAGAGGCCGGAAUACAUCAGACCACUGAGAGAGGAACUCGAAGGCGCACUCGAUCACACAAAUGGGGUAUGGAGCUUUGACAUGUUCCAUCGUACGCCAAAGAUUGAGAGCUUUUCUCGCGAGGCAUUACGAAUAGUGACAAACGUCGCCUUCACGAGCUCUCGUAUUGUGAAGAAGCCACUCUUUUUACCUUCGUUGGGACGAACGAUCAAGCCUGGGAUUGAAAUCUGGCUACCUAGUCGAUGGGUUCAUCUCGAUCCUGAGAUCUAUCCCGACCCAGAACGAUUCGACGGCUAUCGAUUCUACGACCCUGUUAAAAAGACUUGUGAAGUACAAGAUACACUCACACCUUCGCCCCAAUGGCUGAUCUUUGCCAUCGGAAGUGGUCUCUGUCCUGGGCGACUUCUAGGAAUACGUACUGCGCAAGCAGUGCUCGGUAAAUUUCUGUUCAACUUUGAUAUGCAGCUUGAGAAUGAUGAAAAGGCUCCUCCGUUUAUACAAAUCUCAGAUGGCCUUUUCUUGAACUCCGUGAUCAAUAUGCGGCUUCAACCCCGACCAGCUUGUCCCUUAGCCUCUUCGAAGAGCCUGUAUGAGCGGGAGGCCGAUUAA